AUCCAAUUCAAUCAUAACAAGAGCAUGUUUUCGAACAGGCUAACUCCUGAAAGAAGUAAAUUGACAAGCCUGCUAAGCGAAAUAUAAGCAAUGGAUGGAAGGAAGGAGCAUAAAACGAGGCUACCGAACGGUGGCUCCUCAGAUGAAGACAAUGAGGAAUAUGUACCAUAUGUUCCUCUCAAAGAAAGAAAAAGACAAAUGUUGCUUAAAAGACAGCAAAAGCUCCAACAAGGUAAAAAGAAUUCAGCAGCUGUAGGGGAAAGUGUUCAAGAGAAUGAUGAGGAGGAAGCAUCAAAUGUAAGUAAAAGAACAGACCAGAGUCUAUUAGAUCAGCAUCUAGAACUGAAGAAAAAAGCAGAAGUAAUCAAAGAGACGAAAAUUGAAAAGCAGCUGAAAGAAGAAGAAAAGAUUUUGGAAAGCAUAGCAGAAAGAAAAGCAUUAAUGGCUGCAGGUGAAUUAGCCAAAGGGAUUGUCUACGAAAAUCCUUUGAUUACAGGUUGGAAGCCACCAAGAUUUAUAACUCGAUAUCCUGAAGCAAGGCAUGAGCAGGUGCGCACAAAGAAUCAUAUAAUGGUGGAUGGGGAAAAUAUUCCACCCCCUGUCACUAGUUUCAAGGAAAUGAAAUUUCCAAGAGCAGUUAUGAAUGUAAUGAAGCGGAAAGGAAUCAAGCGCCCGACUCCGAUUCAGAUUCAAGGGAUUCCAUCCGUACUGUGUGGUCGAGAUAUAAUUGGCAUUGCGUAUACGGGAUGUGGCAAGACCUUAGUAUUUGUUUUGCCAAUCAUUAUGUUUUGCAUUGAACAGGAGAAAGCUCUGCCUUUUCGGAAAGGAGAGGGACCUUAUGGUCUCCUCAUUUCCCCUUCGCGUGAAUUAGCAAAGCAGACUCUGGAGGUUGUUGAAGAAUUUGCUAAUGAACUUGCUCACGAUGGUUUACCUCGAUUGAAAUGCAUUUCUUGCAUCGGUGGACAUGCCAUGAAAGACCAAAUUAGUGAAAUCAACAGGGGUGUGCAUAUUGUGGUUGGAACUCCUGGACGGCUAAUGCACUUACUGGACAGUAAGAUUUUGAAGUUGGACUCAUGCAGGUAUGUUUGUCUUGAUGAAGCGGAUCGGAUGAUUGACAUGGGCUUUGAAGACGACGUCAGAACAAUAUUUUCAUAUUUCAAGUCUCAAAGGCAAACGUUGUUCUUUAGUGCCACUAUGCCAAGAAAGAUUCAAAAUUUUGCCAAAAGUGCACUUGUCAAACCAGUGACAAUUAAUGUUGGUAGAGCUGGUGCUGCUAGUCUCAAUAUUAUUCAGGAAGUUGAAUAUAUCAAACAAGAAGCUAAAAUUGUGUACUUGCUUGAGUGCUUGCAAAAAAGUGCGCCCCCUGUGCUGAUAUUUGCUCAUAAAAAGUCAGAUGUUGAUGACAUUCACGAAUAUCUUUUGUUGAAAGGAGUUGAAGCUGUGGCUAUUCAUGGCAAUAUGGAUCAAGAAGAACGGGAGCGUGCAGUGAAAGCAUUUCGCGAAAGAAGAAAAGAUGUUUUGGUCGCAACCGACGUGGCAUCAAAAGGGCUCGAUUUUCAAGGAAUCAAGCAUGUGAUCAACUAUGAUAUGCCUGACGACAUCGAAAAUUAUGUUCACAGAAUUGGACGAACAGGACGACAAGGACAAACGGGAAUUGCUACAACUUUUAUAAAUAAAAGCUGUGACGAGUCGGUUUUGAUCGACUUGAAGCAUCUAUUAAUCGAAGCCAAACAGAAGUUACCGCCAUUUUUGGCCGCUCUGGAAACAGAAAACGAGGGGCUUCUUCAUUUGGGUGAUCAACAGGGCUGUUCAUACUGUGGACAAUUAGGCCAUCGUAUAACUGCAUGUCCAAAGUUGGAAGCCAUGCAAAGUCGACAGCAAACAACCGUAGGCCGCAAAGAUUAUUUGGCCACCAAUGCUGCCGAUUGGUAGGCACUUUCAACACGCACUUUCAACUGACUAAUGGCAUGCUGGUACGUAGCUAUGACUGGUGCUGCAUAAAUGAAGUAGAAGGACAUGUCCUUCAUUUCUUGUUUUUUUCAACUGAAGUAAAAGCGUCGAAUGAACGGCAAACCGAACUAAAUUCCCAGAAUAUUGACUCAUGUUAAAGCAAUGCGGUGUAACUCUCCAUUUUAAGUAAAUCAAUCUCCGAUGAAAUCGUAAUUCAGCAAGCAAAACUUAUGUUGGUAACGUAUCGUGGCUGUCUGUCUUUGAAUACGUUUACAAAUACUUGAGUAGGUUUAAAAACCAGAACCUAAGUCCAGCAAAAGCAACUUCGAUACUGUAUCGAAACAGUAAUGACAUGUUGUUGGAAUAGGUAUCCUUUUACGCCAAAAACCAGGAUAAAGCAUGGAGUCCGAUGCAAGUCAGAAAGAAGGGGGGCCAAGGCCAAAUCAGCGACCCAUAACAAAAUAAAGAAGCUCUAUUGUUUUGCAAAAAAAGGUACAUGGCCCUCUAACCCUAAUGCUUAAUCUGCUUAAACCCGGGCUUGAAAGUCUUAAUAUAACCGGAUUGAAUACACAAACUGCAUGUUUGUGACCAAAUCGCAGAUAUAGAAUCGAAUUUGCACCUUGGAUCUAAGCCUUUGUUCAAUUUUCAAAGGCUGAAAUAUUGACUUGACAGCAAUAGGUAUAUCCCAAUAUAUUUACUUUCUAAUGCAUAUUAAAUAGCCUGAAACAGAGCAAGAAAAUUUUCCCGGUAAUACUUUGGCCUUUUCGGUAUAUAACUUUCGUUCUGCUCACUUCGGAUAAAAGUCUCUUAGUGGCUGGAGCAACCCUCCGUCUUGGAGUCAAAGAGCAUGCGCUGUUGAAAAUUUUCACUUCUUCGUGUCCACAAGCCAGGGCCAUUUAUCAUGCGAAGUUCCAAUGGAAUCUCGUUCCAUACCUUAAUUCCAUUAAACAUAAUCGAUCGCUUUUUGAGGCUAAUUUUGGCUUGGGGUAUUGCAAAUUUUUUAUUUGUAGCUUGUCUUCUACAGUAGCUGUGCCUUGAGGAAGUUUUUUCGAACAGAUUACAAAAGAAUUCCAUUUGAGAUUCUGCAUUUAUAUCAAACAUAAAUUUUGCACAUUGUCUGUCUUCAAAGUUUAAUAUACUAAUUUUACGAAAAAUUGAUUU